AUGAGAAAGUUGCAAAGACAAACUCCAGAUUAUGGGGGGUGCAUCAAUUCAUACGACUUGACGACAACAGAAAUGGCAAGAAUGGGGUUCAGAAAUGCCGACCAACUACCAGGGCUCAUUAACGAACAGCGAAUGCGUGCGGAAUCUACAGGGCAAGAGUUACUUGAUGACCAAAACAGCCAAAUACCAUACAAAGUCAUCUUCCUCAACAAUCGCGGGGAAGACCUCAUUUAUGAUGUGAGGAAAGGCCGAAUUUUGGAGCUAGCCGCAACUAACGAGGACAGAAUUGACCCAGUGGAAAAGUUUGACCAACUCAUCUCAUCAUGCAACAACCAUAACAACAACAAUAAUAACAACAACAACGAUAACAACAACAAUAACCACAAUAACAAUAUCAAUUACAAUUACCAGCCAAAACCUUCAUUUGAGAUACCCGAGUCUCUAUUCAGGUAUGACAGGCUGAAGACACGGAAGAUAGCGAAAAGAUUGGAGCAAAAACAGACUGUGCUAACAAGAAACGAAAAGUCCUUUCUUGAUUCCAUUUCCACUACAUUCAGCUCGACUCCAAACAAGAAUUUCGAAGUGAGAUAUUUCAAAGAAGCUACAAUGAAGUUAAGCGACGAGAAUUGCGAUAGCGGAUGGCACUAA